AGGUAUUUCCAGCCCCUGGCUGAUCACGCCAGGGAAGAUUUACCGAUAUAGCGACUUGCCGGUGACCAAAAGGCAUUUCCAGAGGGCAGCAGCACAGGAGACGGGAGAUGUCAGUGAUCAGCGCCCUGCCGUUCCUGAAGCCCGUUCACCUGCUGUCUCCCCGCAGCUCCCCUGGCCGCCAGCGCCGACACACGCUCCCGGCCAGCGAGUUCCGGUGCCUCAGCCCCGAGGAUGCCAUCAGCGUCUUUGAGAUCGAGAGGGAAGCAUUUCUCUCUGUUUCGGGCGAUUGCCCCCUGCACAUGGAUGAGAUCCGACACUUCCUGAACUUGUGCCCAGAGCUGUCACUUGGCUGGUUUGAAGAAGGCCGACUGGUCGCUUUCAUUAUAGGAUCUCUUUGGGACCAGGACAAACUCAGCCAGGACGCCAUGACUCUGCACAAGCCCCACGGCACCACGGUCCACAUCCACGUGCUGGCAGUGCACCGCACCUUCCGCCAGCAGGGCAAAGGCUCCAUCCUGAUGUGGCGCUACCUGCAGUACCUGCGCUGCCUGCCCUACGUGCGGAGGGCUGUGCUCAUGUGCGAGGACUUCCUGGUCCCCUUCUACCAGAAGUGCGGCUUCCGGGUGCUGGGCCCCUGCGAGGUCACCGUGGGUGUGUUGGCCUUCGUUGAGAUGCAGUGUGCUGUGGGGGGCCAUGCCUUCAUGCGCAGGAACAGCGGGUGCUGAGGCACCCACUUCACCCUCCAAACUUGGAUGCUUCUCAGGCAAUAUUCCAGACCUUAUGCCUACCCCUUGCAACAACCAGCGGACACUUAAGACCUCCGUAGCUCUGUUGUGCCUGGCACUCUGCCUGGCUGCCUUUUCACCAGCAGCUAGAGACUGGCCCAAGCUCUGUUGUUUUGGACAUCUUAACUGGUCCAAACCCCGUAAGACCCAUGGCAAUUGCACAGGAGGAACGAAAAUCAUCGGGAAUGUAGCAAAUGCCACUUCAUUUUCUCCAACCCAAUGCCCAGUAAGCAGGUGUGAUAAGUGUUGAGUUGGUCCCUGCCAAGAGCAUCCAUUAGCCCUUGCUUCUAGCUACCAGCUUUCAAGGCAACAGUGCUAGUAACAGAGCCGCAACAGCAGGUUAGCCCAUUUGAGAGGGGGAAAUAUUACCCGAGAAGCAGCAUAGCGGGGGUUGAUUAAUUGAUUCCCUCUAUUUUCCCUUUCAUUAAUGGCCUUGGAGCCUUUGACAUGAGGCAGGACC